AUGGGAAGUCUCUUUUUCUUUUAUUCACUUGUUUGUUUUGUCUUGCUAAGUCAAAACUUUUCUUCAUCCUUAGUGCAGCAUCUUUGCUCUCCCAAUGAAGCUUUUUCUUUGGUUCAGUUCAAGCAACAGUUUAGUGCUUCUUUCGCGAAAACGUCUUGGAAUGAGAGUAGGGAUUGCUGCACUUGGGACGGAGUCACUUGUGACAUGUUAACUGGUUACGUUAUUGGCCUGGACCUUCAUCUUACAAAUCUUAGUGGAAGUAUUCAUCCCAACAGUAGCCUCUUCCAACUUCGUCAUCUUCAGACGCUAAACUUUGCUUACAAUAACUUAUCUGGUCCCAUUCCUUAUUCCAUUGGCAACCUUACACAAACUAGAGAGUUGAAUUUCGGUUAUAAUCAUUUCACCGGUCAUAUUCCUUCAACAAUCUCAAAAUUGAAACAUCUCACGCUUUUAGAUCUUUCGUCUAACUCCCUUGGAGGUGAAAUUCCUGAUGUUUUCUCUAACCUCCAAGAGCUAGUUAAUUUGUAUCUUUCUUAUAACAGCUUCAUCGGUCCAUUUCCCUCUUCAAUUGUAAGGUUGGCAAGUCUUGAAAGCUUAGACUUGUCAAUUAAUUCCCUAUCUGGUCCAUUGCCUAGCAAUGUCAGCAUACUUCAAAAGCUAGUUGACCUGGAUUUUUCUCACAACUCACUGAAUGGCACAAUACCAUCUUGGAUGUUUAGCCUUCCUUCUUUAUAUAUGGUGGAGCUCCAUCAUAAUCUAUUCAAUGGACUAUCUGAUGAGCUCAAACUGAAUCCAACAUUAGGGCGUUUGGAUUUAAGUCAUAAUCAACUCAGUGGUCCUGUUCUUCGAUCACUUCAAAAUCUUACAAACCUUGUAAACCUUGACCUCUCAUCAAAUAACAUCACUGUCGAUGAGGCAAUACCAAUCGCAUUUCCUAGCCUAGAAGUUUUGCAGUUAUCAUCUUGUGAACUGAAGGAUCUUCCACACUUUCUAAGAAAUUUAAAGACACUUCGGGCCUUGAAUCUUUCUAACAAUAAGAUUCGUGGUCAAAUCCCUAACUGGUUUAGCAACAGGAGGUGGGAUUCGUUGUUUCAUCUAAACCUUUCGCAUAAUUCACUCAGUGGUCACAUAGAUCUAUCUCAUUACUAUAGUCUAGUGUCACUUGAUCUGAAAUUUAACUUCCUUGAGGGGCCACUACCUUCAGCCAUUUGUAACAUGAGCUUCCUUAACCUUCUGGAUUUAUCACGCAACAACUUCAGUAACUCAAUUCCAAGUUGCUUGGGUAACAUGACUCAGCUAACAGUGUUGGACUUAAGAAGAAACAAUUUCAGUGGGAGUCUUCCACCGUUAUGUACUCAAAUCACUUCAUUGGCGACCAGUAUCUUGAAUGGUUAUCAAUUGAUGACGACCAUUAUCUUGAAUGGUAAUAGAUUUGAAGGACGUGUCCCUGUGUCAUGGCUAAAUUGUGUUGGUUUAGAAGUUCUUGACAUCGGGAAUAAUGCUAUAACUGAUACAUUUCCAGCUUCGCUAGGAACUCUUGAAGAGCUGCAAGUCCUUGUAUUAAAGUCGAACAAGUUCCAUGGACCUAUAAGUACUAAGCUGAAGUUUGGCUUUCCCAAGUUGCGGAUUUUAGAUCUCUCUCAUAAUGAGUUCAGUGACUCACUGCCUGCAGAAGUUUUUCGAAACUUCAAAGCAAUGAUAAAAGAUGACACAAAUAAAGGUGAAAUCAGAUAUAUGAAAAGAUUUGACUCAUUUUUUGAUGUGUACGAGGAUUCAGUGAGGUUGGUGGUCAAAGGAAACGAAAUUGAGCUAGAAAGAAUCACCACAAUCAUGACAACGAUAGAUCUCUCAAGCAACCAUUUUGAAGGUGUGAUUCCGAAAGCACUAAAGGAUCUUGGCUCACUUUGGCUACUCAAUUUAUCUCAUAACAAUCUCAGAGGUGAUAUUCCAAUGGAACUGGGACGAUUGAAUAUGCUUGAAGCGUUAGAUCUCUCUUGGAAUCGGCUCACUGGAAAGAUUCCAAGGGAAUUGACAAGAAUGAACUUUCUGGCGUUCUUAAACCUCUCUCAGAAUCUUCUUGUUGGACCAAUUCCUCGAGGUCUGCAAUUCAACACAUUUGACAAUGACUCGUAUGGUGGUAACCUUGAUCUAUGUGGUCCGCCUUUAACAAAGCAAUGUGGAACGAGUGAUCUAUCGCUUGUUCCUCAACCAUUGGAAUCCGAAGGAGAGGACGAGGCAUAUUUUUUUAGUGGAUUUACCUGGGAAUCAGUAGUCAUAGGCUACAGUUUUGGACUAGUUGUUGGAACUGUUGUGUGUAGCGUCAUGUUAAAAGCUGUUAAGCCAAAAUGGUUUGUGGAAUUUUUCGAAGGCCUCAUUCCCCACAAAAAAAGAAGGCCAACAAAGAGAGCUCAAAGGCGACAGACUUAA